CCGUUUCUAAAAUCUGAUCCAAAGAAUUUUAUUUUUGUGGUUUGAUAUUUGAUAACAACCCUCUUCGAAUCGAAUCUUUUUAUACGACACUGCGGCGCCAGUCAAGUACUACUGUAUUUGUAAAUGUUAUUGUUUAAAGAUAAAGAAAAAAACGCGGGAAAAGCCAUGUGACGACUAUCUCGGCCAUGGGAGCUUGGGCACUGAUCCGUGACGUAACGGCUGGCACAAAACACAGCCGAGUAAGUGAGUGGGAGAGAAUUUUUUUGAUCGCGGUAAGCAAUCUGCACUUUACCCGGCUCGUAUUCCUACUACAACGCCAAAACAAACUGCGUAUAAUAGCACUGAAGGGUAGAUAUAUAAAAUGGCCUCCUCAAACUUCCAGAGAAGGCACUGUCUAUGUUUCUAAGGAAUGGUUCAUGGCAUUAUUCAGGAUAGCUGUAUUUCAGAUGUCAACAGUUUCCCGAGCAAGCACUUUCCACUUCCUGUGAGUUCACAGAGCGACUCACAGAGUGGUUCUGGUGUCAUAAUGGCUGCAAGCUCUCCUAAAGAUACUGGCUUGUCUGGGCAGUUUUCUGAGUGCAAUGAUAGCCCACGGGAGGUUGACUUUUUGUCUGAGGAGCACAUUGAGGAACUGUUGGAUAUCAUUGAUAGUCUUCGUGGCAAGACAGAGCACCUGCAAAUACACUGUGAAAAAUUAGCACUGGAGAAAGCUGGGCUGGAAGAUAAAUUGAUUGCAAAGGAGAGAGAAGAGCAGAAAAGAAUAAGUGAUUAUGAAAGAACAAUAAGUGAACUAAGGGAAUUGAAUACAAAGCUGGCUGCCAAGCAAGAUGAAGAAAAGAGCAAUAAGGUUCCCGUUUGGGUAAAGACAGCAGUCGAUGCAGAGCAUGCUUUGAGGGAGAAAGCUGAAGCCGAAGACAAAGCGAGGUCCCUUGAGAUAAAAUUAAUGGAAAAAGACAAGCUUAUAUCUAACUUGGAAUGGCAGCUAAUGGAUGUUGAGUCAACAGUGGUUUCCUUACAAGGGGAGCGGGACAGACUUGCUGUUGAACUAGAUUGUAUGCUAGCUCGUGAGCAAGAUCACUUUGAGACAUACGGGAUGGCAAGCGUUGAUAGAGGUGUAUUCUCGGAUGUAGAUGAUGAAGAUAUUGAAGAGCCUUGCCAAAAGUCUGAAAAGCAUCCUCGCCGGCACCUUAGUGAUUUGUCACGUCAUGGUGACUCUAAAGUAGAUGAUCUAUCAUCUUUAGUUCAACAUAAAUCCAAAUCAAAUGCUUCGUCUGAUAUGGACAUGUUUGCCACUGCAGAAUUCGGGCUUGGCGGUCUUAAAAGAACUACUAAUUUCAAUAACAUUAACGACGUUGAUGAAACUGUUGAUUUUCAUGAAGAGCGACACACAAGCUUUGCAAACUCUAAUAUAACAGACUUAUCGGCAUCAUUCCCUGUACCAAAGAAGCCUUUAGUUUCAUCCAGUUGGCAGAGCUUUGGGAGUGACUCUGAGUGUGAUUGGAGGGAAGGCAGUCUUAGGUCCGAUAGAGCAUGUGGUGUCACUGAACAAGCUGUUUCCAUGCUUCAGCUGUCUACCGCAGAGGAGGCAUUUGAGGAUGCUUUGGAUACUGAUUGGACGUUGGACGGAAGGAAGGCGGGAAAUCAGGGUGCAUCAUGUCGCAGCUCCUCCUCUGCAUAUUUUAGUGAUUCUGCCCCUGAGAUUUCCCAGGACUUGUUCAGUUUUACCCCAGAUAGCAUAAUCAAUGUCUCAACUGGUGAGGUGCUCCACUCUCCUUCCCCAGCUUCUCCAGAAAGCAUUCGCAAAGCAUUUGAAGCAGAAAAUGCCAAAGAUGGGAAUGCUGAUGAUUGGGGCGAAGUCAAAACACCAACAAACCAAUUACCAGAAUCUGAACUUAAAAGCGAGCUUGGUAGACUUCAAGAUACAGAUCCAAUAGACACAGCACGGCCUGUAAAACUUCCUUCAUCGCAGGUGGACAUGAAGUCUUCCGACAAUUUGAUGUCACACGAUGUACAAUUUUUUACUCCCUCUACAUUCCCUGAUGAUAAAAAUUCAUCAAAGCAAGAACUAUUAAAAGAAACUGCAGUUUCUGUGAGUUUGCAAACGCAUUUAGCGCCUGUUGUUCCUGUUACACCACAGUCUGAUACAAGGGCCGUAGAACUAUUGACUCCACAGCAGGAAAUGACGUCACCAGAUAUGACAUCAAAUUGGCUACCGCCUUCCACAACUCUGGAGCGAACCAUCUCCAUGCGUAGUGACAGUGUCGUUGAUACGUUUAACAGAGAUGCUGUCAAUCAUCAGCGCAUGGGCAGUAUGCCCAUCGUAAAGUCUGCUGACCAGAAGAAUGGUACUACGGGUGCAAAUCCAAAGCUUGAUGCGUACCAGCGAUGGAAAUUGAGCGGAAGAGUGGGUCAGCCCCCAGCCAAGCUGAAGAUCUCCCAGUGCUGACAUUUUGGCGUUAUCCCAAACAAUUUACCAUGAUAGUAUUUGUGCGUUUUUCACUAUUCUGUGAACCCUCUCAGGCGAUUUCCAAUAGCUCGUUUCUGGCUUCCGGCAUUUAUAAUCCUUCAAGCGUUUUCAUUGGUCAACACUGAAAUGGUUUCUGUAAUUAUCUCUCCUCUUGCCACCCCUCCGCAAGGUGCUGACCAAUCAAAAUCGUCAAAUGCAGCCCCAUUGUUUGAAUUACAGAAGCCAGAAAGCGGUUUAGUAGUUGGAAAUGAUUGACAAGAGUUCGGAGAAUCUUGAAAGUCGUAAGUAAUAUACGAGUCGUCUGUUAUAAAUAGAGAGACACCCGCAAGAAAAUCUUCGCUCAAGGUAUCUUAGUCGCGAGGCCGCAAAGAAGACUGGUAGCAGGAAACACAGAACGUACUGCAGUAUGAAGCAAGGGCAUGUGGAUAUCACAUGCUAGGGAAGCCAGAGGUCUUCGCAGGCGCUCCCCAAAAUGGGGGCCAAAUUCAGAAAUCGCUGGAGCCUCGACAUGUACCAGGAACUUAUUAAAAUGGGUUUAGGGGGAAACUGAAUGAAGAAAUAUGCAUCAUUUGAUAUAAUGAGAGCUAAAGGCCAUCCAUCAAUACCCGUCCACAGGAGUCUGGGCUCGACUCGUGCUCGGGUCUGACCAUUCUCGUUCCGUGAGUCUUCUGGGUAAAUUUCCAAACCCAGUCUAGUUUCCAUUGUCGGGUAAUGCGUGAUGUCGUCGGGAAUAUACAGAAUAAUAUAAACAUUUCUGAGUAGUAACUUUAAGUGAUGGAGGUUGAUAUUUUUGUGGAUUGGCCAUGAAAAGAUGGUAUUUGCGAUUGCACAUUUAUCCAUAAUUUAUUAUUCCCUAAAGCUCUCAUAUGUGGUAUUGGCUUAUAAAAGAUGAAUAGAUUCGCACUACUAAAGAUAGGAAAUUCUCGAUAUUAAAGCAUCAAAAUGCUUA